AUGCCUCUACCAACUAAUUUUAUCGAUUCAUCUAUAAUUACAGACGAACAAAAUUAUAAUAUUGAAGAGCUAACUCAUAUAAUCGAAACUGGAAUCCCUCAAUUAAAUACUGAACAACACACCGUUUAUGACAAAGUAAUUGCUGCCGUCAACAAUCAAACUCCUGCUGUUUUCUUUAUAGAUGCUGAAUUUGCUAAAUGGCUACUUAAAAUUAGUAAAGGUUGUUUUCCUGCUAUUACUUCUGAACCAGAUAUUAUUAAGCUUUCAGAAGAUAUCAUAUUACAAUCAUAA